UUUUAAUGCUUGCCUCAAGGUCGGUGACAAGCAGAUAGACAAGAAGAGUGGACAGUAGUAACAGUGUUUUGUGGUGUGAACCAUGCUCUAAGAACUUCUCUGUGACUGAAAAGCACCAACCAUCUGCUCUCAUCUCUACCAGUCCAAUGGCCAAGUAUGACCCGGAUGCACCCCCUCCCCCUUACUCUGUCGCCGUGCACGCCCAGCCCCCUCUUAAGUCUUAUGAAGAAGUGGUGUAUGGCGUGGGACCAGGCCUGACUCCCCCCAGUCACCCCCAUUACAUCCCCCAGUAUUCACCCCCGGUGACUGCUCCCCCAGUCACGCAGACGAGUAUACCCCCCAGGAGGAAAAAGAGAUGCUGUGAGGGCAGCAGGCAGUGUUACAGUGGGACAGGGGUGGCCUUGCUGGUGCUCGCUGUUCUGGGACUGGCCGUCUGGCUUGGAGUCCGCUACGGCACCAGGUCAGGGGGAUUCUCUUACGACUACGAGGAGGAUGAAGACGAUGACGACAACUAUGACGACGAAGAACACAGAAACGAUGUCCUGGCAAAGAUAGACACUUGCCCGAGCACAACUGUGCAGUGUGAUGCAAUAGCAAACUGCCAACUGGGCACCGAUGAAGCAAACUGUGUGAGAUUUGAUGAAAACAGCGGCCUGCAGGUCAGGACGUCUCAAGAUGGCCGCUUCUUACCGGUGUGUUAUAAAGGCUGGGACCAGGGCUAUGCCGACCAGAUCUGCGCUCAACUGGGACUCAGAAAGUCCUAUGUGAGCAAAGCAGUUCAAACACAGGACUCCAUUGCUUUAACACUUACCCACAAAUCAGAUUCUCCAAUCCAGGGUCUGGUAAAUGUCAGUCCUUCCUGUCCAAACCAGGAGACUGUCUCCCUGCAGUGUGUGGACUGUGGUCGACAACAGUCCACUUCCCGAAUCAUCGGUGGCACAGCAGCUAAGUCGGGUCAUUGGCCGUGGCAGCUGUCUCUCCACUUUAAAGGAUCCCACAUCUGCGGAGGAGUCCUGAUCUCCCCCGAUUUUGUGCUGACCGCUGCCCACUGUUUCCCAGGAAAGAACCCCUCGUAUCUUUCCCCUAACAACUGGAGAGUGUAUGGUGGAACGGUGUCACUGGACAAUCUGCCUCAGCCCUACCAGGUCAAGAAGAUCAUACUCAACGAGAACUACGACAGCAAUACCAACAACAACGAUGUUGCUCUGCUUGUACUUACAUCUCCAGUCCAGUUUAAUGAUAAAGUCCAGCCCGUUUGUUUGCCAGCUUUUAACCAGAGGUUUCCCCCCGGCACCCGCUGCUGGACAUCAGGGUUUGGCACAACUGAGGCAGGUUCAGGCAUCGUCUCCAGGGAUCUCAUGGAAGUGUCCGUGGAUAUCAUUGAUAGACGAGUGUGUAACAGCCGCGAUGUGUAUGGAGGAGCGGUGACCAAGAACAUGAUCUGUGCUGGGGACCUGCAAGGAGGCAAAGACUCCUGUCAGGGGGACAGUGGCGGACCUCUGGUGUGUAAGGGAGAGAGUCUUUGGUAUCUGGUGGGGAUCACCAGUUGGGGAUCUGGCUGUGGUGAAGUAAACAGACCUGGUGUUUACACCCAAGUCAGUAGUGUCCUGCCCUGGAUAUAUACCAACAUGCAGCAACAGAAGCAGUGACGUCUCCUUCUGGUGGUGUACUUCCCAUCUUCCCCAAUGAAGUCUGCACUAUGAAGGUCACAUGCUAGCUUGAGGAUAUAGCAGCAUGACGAAAUGCACACAAUGUUUUGCAUCAUCUUUAUUCAUAUGUUGUUGUUGUUUUUUUUUAAGAAAAUGUGUUUUAUACUACCAGAAUUAUUCACAGACACUAAUCAAUGCACUGACGUGAGUCUGUCUUGAUUUUAUUCGUCAUACAGCCGUCACCAUUUGAAAGCAGUUUUAAAAGCAGUUGCUUGUCACUCUGUGCCAAUGAAGGAUACUCGAGUCUAUUUUGUUUGGGAACGAUAUUGUUUAAAAAAAAAAAAAGAUUUAUGAUCAAAGAGGUGUGUUUUUUUUUCUCAGGGACGCAUCUCAGGCUUUUCAAUGUUGACCAUUGUUUACCACAUGUUAAAAUAUAUGUAUUCUUUUUAUGAACGAAUGAAGCAGAAUGAAUCUUGACUCCUAUACUGAGCUGGGACUCUUUGCACCUAAGCCUUCCCUUGUACCCACACUGUGAACUUUCCCUUGCAUUAAAUGUGUUUUGUGUCAUAUUUGUGUGUGUAGGGAUCACUAAAAAUUAUAUGAAGAAAAUAAAGAUUAAUGUAAACCGUUA